CCACAGUAUUGGUCAGCAUCUACCUUUAGAUGAAAGAUGUACAAUAAGUUUCUGGGUAACUACAUGAUCAGUUUCACUACUUUGUUCUCCGGCAGGUUGUGUGUGACAACACACCCCGCGAGUACUUUCAUCUACCAAGACCAAAUAAAGAAAAGCAUAGACCAGCCUCCUAUCUGUGGAAAAUUCACAUGUCAGUCUCAGAGAGCAAGAAAGCAUCACACCACUGUGGGACACAAUGAAAACCAUCUACAUGAUCUACGCAGCUCUGGCAGCAACAUCUCUGGCAAAUGGUCCUUUUCAAUGCAUUUUUCUAAGAUCCGCUGAAAUUCAUCAGUGUUUUGGAGCAGUAGGACAACCACUGAUCUUUUAUCUGUCAAACAAAACAAAUGUGGACAUUAGGUUGUUAAAGGAUGGUAAACACAGGAUUCUAAAGAUGGAGAAAAAUGGGAAGGUGAUAAUUGAAGAGGAACAUGCAAAUGAUUAUGAAAUCAUCUACAACGGAGCAUAUAAAAUAAGUAACGCCUCUAAAAGACAUGCUGGAGAUUACAUGCUGGAAGAAUAUGGAUCUGAUGGUAAAAUCUUAAGAAAAGUGAUUGUGCAUCUAAAAAUACAAGCUCCAGUGUCAAAACCAGCUGUGUCUCAGACGUGUUUGUCACAUGAACUUAUGGAAAUCACCUGCUCUACUAAGGGAGAUGAAGCAGAGUUGAUUUUGACAUUGGAUGAUAAGUCUGUUGUUCAAACCAGAGACCAUAGUCAGUCCCGGAUCAACUGCACAGCUAAAGAAUGCAGUGUUGCAAAUGUUUCCAUCGACUUGUACGGGCAGCUAGCUGGAAAAAUCAUGUGCCAAGUUCAGAACAAUGUCAGCAAAGAUGAAACAGUGAUAUACCUGGCACCCUGCAAAGGUCUUCAUGCUGUCAAAGUGGCUGUGAUAGCUGGUGUUGCAACUCUCUAUCUCUUUGCGGCCUUGGGUCUUGUCCUACUUGAAGUUUGUAAAAAACCAAGACCCACAACAGUUAAUGAAGGUAACGGUGAAAACAAGAUUAUCUACUCAAAUGUUUGGUGAUGAGAAAAGCUGGACCCAAUAAACACAGCAGGAAUAGAUAACUUUUCCACAACAAUAUUUCUGCUCACAUGUUUUUACUUUUCAGUAAUGAGGGAUUGUUGUAUCUAUGGCUUGUGAAUGUCAUGCACAUUGUGACUACCUGUACAAGUUUUCUAUGUGAUGUAAUUAGGAUUAGCAGAUUUUUUUCCUUCCUUCUGAAAACAGCAUUAAAAAGCAUUAUGAUUUCAUGUGCUUGCUUUAAAAAAAAAAAAAAAAGAGAAGCUCUCUUGGGAUUUAAUUUCUGUUGCUAAAAGCUUGUAAUUCCUUGCAAAGAAAACUGUUAAUGUUAUUUACAUGUUUUUGCUUUUCUUUUAUAAAUAUUGGCAA